AUGUCUGGGGAACCUGGAAAUACAGAUGAACCUUGGAAGCCAAGAGAACCUGCAAAGUCAACAGAUCCAGGAAAGUCUAGGGAACCUGGAAAGGCAGAUGAACCAUGGAGAACAAGAGAACCUGGAAAGUAUCUAGAACCUGGCAAGUCAACAGAUUCAGGAAAGUCUGAUGAACCUUUGAGAUCAAGGGAACCAGGAAAGUUUACAGGACCUGAAAAGUAUGAUGAAUCUGGUAAAUCUUUAGAACCUGGGAAGUCUAAAGAACGAGGGAGGAAACCAACAAAGUUUACAGAACCCACUCCUAUCCUUCCAGCAGGUCAGUUUUAUUUUAAAGCUAGAUGGUGUUAUCUAUACAUUUUUUUUUAUCUUAUAUUUCUUGAUCCAGGUUUGUAUCACGUCUUGCCAUAAGAUAUAUGUGUUUUAGUAACAUUUUAUACAUUGUUCUCAAGGGUACAAUCCUUGUCCUGCAAAGGCCUGA